UUUUCAGAAAAAUGAACGAAUCAAUAUAUACAACGCCACAGUCUUCAAAAACUCCGAAAUCAAAAUCUGCGAGGUAUUCCUCACCCUAUCAGGUGAUCGAUCUCAACAACGAAUCCCAAGAAGAUCUCAAGACCCGUUUGCUAGAAGCCGAGAAUAUAAUUCAGGACUUGAGGUCUGAACGUGACGCCCUUCACGAGUCACUAGUCGACAAGGCCGGUCUCAACGAAUCCGUGAUUAUUGAGCGGAGCAACAAGGUCUCUACUCAGGAAACAAGGAUAUAUCGGAGGGAUGUGACCCUGUUAGAGGAUGACUUGAAGCAGAAGGAGUCGCAAAUUCGGAUCCUGCAAAAUCGAUGUUUAAGACUGGAAACCGAGAAGCAGAAGAUGCAAGAUACAAUUUCCGGCUAUCAGGAGGAUCUUAAAGAGAACGAAAUUAGAAUUGAAAAUUUGAAUUCAAGACUUCACAAGCUGGAGGACGAGUUGUCAGCGAAAACCCAUGAGAUCUUCAGCAUCGGAGAAGAGCUCAAGAAUAAAACAAUGAAGCUCAACGAGAAAAAUAGUCAAUUUCAGACAAAACUAGCAGAAAUCUCAAGUGAAAAUCGGAACCUUGAACGCAAAGUUCAAAAGUUCAGAGAAGAGUUGAUAGUGAAGGAUCAAAGAAGCUUAGAAGUUCAUCAAGAUCAAGAGAAUACUCAGAAGGUGCUGAAAGAGGUGAAGCAACUCUCUGACCGCCUGGACUACCUGACACCAAAGCGAAAGGAUGUUUCAAGGAUCAAGGAACGCGAUGAUUUCCUUCAGUUUUCUGCGAAGAUCAUUGAGGAGACUAUGAGCGAGCUGAAAUUGAAGAAUGCUAGACUGGAGAGGGAGUUAUCGGAGAAAGAGGAGUUGGUGAAAGUUACGAAGGAGGAGCUCCAAGAGCUUCAGAAGACUGUGACUCAGGCAAUGGGAGAUUCGGAGCAAGCUACGAAAUAUUUGCAUGCGGAGAAUAUGAAGCUCACCCGUCAAAAAGCCGACAUCCGCUGUGAUCUACUUGAAGCCCGCCGGAACUUGAAAGGAUUUGAUGAAAAAAGAGAAGAACUUGAAAAACAACGAGAUGAAGCGCUGGAGGAUGUCCGAAGGAUCACUGAGCUCAAGAAGAACGUGGAAAUCGAGCUGAGAUCUUUAAAACUUCUCGCCGAGGAGCGGGAAGAACAGAUUGACGAGCUGAAAUCUCGAGUAGCCGGAUAUGAAGUUCUCAGACGGGACCACGAGGCGGUGAAGAAUGAGCUGGCAAAAGCUGAGGAGAAGCUGAACAAAAUGGGAGCUCACCUGGUCAUGGCUGACAAGCAAAGUUCUCACUUCAAAACCCUCAAGGAAACCGCCGAAGGAUCCCGCCGCCGAGCUAUUGAGCAGUGCAAUGAGAUGGUGGCAAGGAUUCGGGGUCUUGAAGCAAGCCUUGAGAAUCAGAGAAAAGUGGAACAAGAGCUGGAAAUGGUGAAAGCUGAGAAUGUCCGACAAGCCAAGAAAAUUGAGUUUAUGAAGGAAGAGAUUCAGGAGACUCAUUUGGAUUACCGCGAGGAGCUGAGCAAACUGGCUAAAGGAGGAGGAAGUCAUGAAGCUGAUUCUCAACGUGACAGUGAGCUCCGAAGCGCCAAAAAAACUAUUCAAGAGGUGAAGGCGGACAACAAGAAACUCCAGCAAAUCCUGGAAGAAGUCCGUCAAAAUCAAUCAAAAGUUCUCGAAGAGAAUGUGAAGCUCCGAAAAGGAAUGGCAGAGGCAAUUGAGAAGAUCGAGGAGUUCAAGAGAAACUGGCACAGCUCACGUGAAGCUGGUGAACGUCUCCAGUUGGAAGCUAAAGAGAACGAGGAGAAAGUUCUCAAGGUGGAAGAGGAGCUCCAGGAGAAGAGAUUGGAAGUUCUGGAGAAAGAGGAGUUGGUCAAUUACCUUCAGAGUCAGAUUAACACGAAACAGACGAAGCAGCCGAAAUUGAGCCGUAGAAGUACGCUGAUGAGUACUAUAUCUGAAGUUGAUACUUCUACAUACGUACGCGAAGUGGAAGAAGUCCGUGCCCUGGAAGAGCAACGAGAAGAGCUCCAAGCCUACCUCGCUGAGAAGCGAAAAAUGGCUGAUCUUCAGAAAUCCAGAUCAACCGCCAACACGACAACUCUCAUCACAUCGACUACUGCCACAGAGGUGUCCAAAUCUGCAUGUGAACUAUCCUACCCUCCAGCUACCAUGCGACACGACAUCCCACACAAAUGGCUCGAAUUCCGCCACUACUCGGUGCUCUCGAUGAAGUGCUCCCUAUGCUUCGUGGGCAUCACAUUCUUCACAAAAGCCAAUAAAUGCUCACAUUGUGACGUCAGAGUUCAUGCGUCGUGUGCGCCACGUGUCAACAAUACGUGCGGGAUCCCGGCUCAAUGUGCCACCUACUACCAGGAUGCUCAGGCGGUAGGAGGCAUCGGAAGAAUGAAUGGGUGGUUGAGAGUGUAUCGGGAUGAUCUACCAGAAUCAACGUGGACAUCGCUAUGGGCCAUGAUGGACUCAAACCAUGUGAAGUUCUAUCGGGAUGCUGGUGCCGACAAUCUAGAGAAUCCCUACUUCACAAUUGAUCUGAACAAGGAGCAAUGGAUUCUAAGAACCGGACAAGAAGUUGCAAUUCCUGGUGAUGUCAUGAGAAAUGUGUUGACAAUCAAGCUGCAGACUAGAUCCGUGCACAUUGUGGCUCCGACGCCAAAAUCCGCUGAACGAUGGGCCGCGUGUCUGCAGAACGCGCAGACGAGGAGAAUGAUGAAGAACUCGAAGCCGUCGUCGAUUGCGGAGUACUCGUGUCUGCUGACGCUGAGCUUGCCGAAUAAUUUGAAGAUUUUCAAGGCGCAUACCAUCGAAGACUGGAUCCUCUUCGCAACUCAAACCGGACUCUUCUUCACAAGCAUCUCCCAACCACGAAACCCGACUCGAAUCGCCGGCCCGAGCUCCGUGACUUCUCUGGAAGUCAUGUCGGAGAUCAACUGUGUUGCGAUGAUAACCAAUAGCAAUCGACAGCUCGCCCUGAUCCCUCUGGACUCUCUGACCUUGGCAAUGCAGAGCACACAUCCGUCGAUCCGAGCUGAGGUGCUGCCCGAGUUUGGGCAUGUGCACACGAUCCGGUAUCAUCAGCAAGAUGGGCAGAGAUUCUUGUUGGUUUCUGAUGAUACUCAGUUGCAUAUAAGGAAGUAUAAUUCAACAAGAGAUGUUUUUGCUCACUUUGCGAAACUCGUUGUCCCUGAGCCAGUCUCCUUCAUCGAAAGUACCCCUGCUGGCUUCAUCUUCGCAUCGGACACCUUCUACUACGUCCCACUGGAUCACCAAUCCCCAUCGGACGUGUCCGCACGGAAGCUGAUGCCUCCACGCCGGUCGGAUUAUCCCGUCAGUGCGCACGCAAUCACCGCCAACGAAAUCCUGCUGGCCUACCAGAAUCACGGAAUCUUUGUGAACCUUUACGGCGAACAAUCCAGAAACCAGAUCAUCGAGUGGGAGAAGAUGCCGAUCGAGUUUGCCUACACCUCACCGCUUCUCUAUAUAGUUCAUGACGAUUCCAUUGAGAUUGUGCAAAUCUCCAAGAGCUCCAAGGAGACUGUGCUCGCCGAGCGAGAAGUCAUCGCAUGUGUUAAUGCGCAUAUUGUUCAAAGCGAUGGAGUCUUGAUUUCAGUAUCCUCUAAGGAUAUCACAGAGGUUCACAGAUUUUCGGCAACUUGUAGAGGAACUGGAACCAAGAGAAGAGGAAUUUCUCCAUUUAAUACAUUGAAAAGAUCCAAAAACUAAACUCAAUUGUCUAUGUAUAAUAUAUACAAAAAUAGUCAUAAUAACUUUCAAUUUUCCAGUCAUCAUUGUUUAUUUUAAUCUCCAAAAUGUCUGAUCUCUGAGUUGAAAACUUUCAAAUAAAUCUAUAUUAUAAUU